CUCUCUGACACCAGGAAAAAUGGUUGGGGAAGCGGAAAGUCUGUGUACUUGAAGGUUGUGUCUGUCAUCCGCACCGACGUUUCGUAAAUAAGUGGUGGUUCAUCCGAGUCACAUGGAAGUUAGGCUGAAAUGAUGAUGAGCUCCUCACAGCCUCUGCCCAAUGUGUAUGUCAUCCUCACCAUUGUUGUGUCUCUGGAACAGAACUCAAGCAAGGAUUGAAGUCGUUUAAUAGAAUCAUUAUGGCAAAACGACCAGCGGAAGGAGAUGGCAACACAAGUGGACAGCCACCUAUUAAGAAAGUACAGUUUGAACCCAUACGAAUUGGACCUAUAUCAACCUUAGAAGAAAUGGAUAUGAAAGUUCUUCAGUUCCAAAACAAGAAAUUAGCUCAACGCCUGGAGCAGCGACACCGACUAGAAGCUGAACUUCGUCAGCGUAUUGAACAAUUGGAGAAACGACAAACCCAAGACGAUGCUGUUCUUAAUGUUGUAAAUCGCUAUUGGAAUCAACUAAAUGAAGACAUACGAGUCCUCCUACAGCGAUUUGAUGCUGAAACAGCAGAUGAAUCUGAAAAUCGAAAUGAGAAUGAAGCAACGACUUCGUUCUUGAUGCAGCUGUCAACAUGGGACAAGGAAGAAUUAGAUGAAAAGUUAGCAAAUCGUGUUCAAGUAUCAAAACGGGCUGUUGCGAAAGUUAUUCAGGCAUUUGAUCGUCUUAUGCAAAGAAAUGAGAAGAUUACACUUGCUCUCAAAGGCGAACUUGAUGGAGGUUAUUGGAAUCUUCUCCCAUCUUGUGAUCCGUAUGAAGCUCCAAAUAUGGAUGAGACAAUUCGACAAGCAAACAUAGAAAUUCAAGGUGAAAAUAGGAAUUUGCAAGCACUAAAUACAUCACUGCAUGAAAAAUACCAUACUAUUUCACUUAAGAUGGCAGAACUUCAGGACAGUUUGACUGGGAAGGAGACAGAAGCAGCUGAACUUCGAAACCAGAUUGAUGAUCUGCAAUAUGAACUACUGAAAGUACAGUCCCGAAAUGACAAGUUGGAAAACCACUUGGCAGAAGUCAUUGAGAAACUUAAAACUUAUCAACAGAUACAUGGUGAAGAUAAGGGUAUAGUGAAACCUGUGGUCACCACUAGUGUCUCUCAAAAGAAGCUUGAAGACCUCCAGAAAGAAGUAGAGGAACUGCGGGAGUUGGCUAACAACCGUCUUCAGGAGUUGGACAAAUUGCAUCAGCAACAUAGGGAUGCACUUAAAGAAGUUGAGAGACUUAAGAUGGAUAUUCGUCAGCUUCCUGAAUCUGUUAUAGUUGAGACCACAGAAUACAAGUGUCUACAGUCACAGUUCUCUGUCCUCUACAAUGAAUCUAUGCAGCUUAAAACACAACUUGAUGAGGCUCGUCAGCAACUUCAGACAAGCAAAAACGCCCACUUACGCCACAUUGAAAUGAUGGAGACUGAAGAACUAUUGGGUCAGAAGAAACUGCGAACAGAAGUAAUGCAGCUGGAAGAUAUUCUAGCACAGCUGCGCAAAGAAUAUGAGAUGCUACGCAUAGAAUUUGAGCAGAAUUUGGCAGCUAAUGAGCAGACAGGUCCCAUUAACAGAGAGAUGCGCCAUCUUAUUACAUCACUACAAAACCACAACCAACAACUGAAAGGGGAGGUGCACAGAUAUAAAAGAAAAUAUAAGGAUGCUAAUGCAGAAAUACCAAAGCUCAAAAAGGAAUUGGAGGAACUAACUGCACGCAUAGGUCAACAGACAGUUCAGGAAAUGAAGGAAGGCUCUUUAUCAGAAUCAUCAUGUAAAGAAGAGGAGAGCUCAGCUGAUAAAGGGGCUGUUUUAGUGAAGGAGGAAACUGGGACAUGCACUAAUAAAGAAGGCGCUGAGGAAGAAGCAGAGGGAGAAGAAGGGGACCGUGAGAUAGAUAAAGACCGCCAACUUACUUCUCCACCAAUUAAGAAAGAAAAGGAUAUUAAAAGAGAGAAAGAUGUGAAGAAGGAAGUUAAAACUGAGAAGGACCACAGGGAGCAGCACCGAGCCAAAGAUGCAAAGGUGGCUGAAUCAGAGAUGGUGCGAGAUCUUAAGGCUCAGCUUAAGAAGGCUAUGAAUGAUCAGAAAGAGAUGAAACUUCUGCUGGAUAUGUACAAAGGUGUGAGUAAGGAGCAGCGAGAUAAAGUUCAGCUGAUGGCAGCCGAGAAGAAGACGCGUGCUGAGUUAGAAGAUAUUCGUCAGCAACUGAAGAAGAUGCAGGAAAACAAACGUGAAGAACGCAAAAAGCUUUGCGAUGAAGAUGCAAUGCGCAAGAUCAAGCAGUUGGAGGAGCAAGCAUACCAGUUGCAAAAGCAAGUGGCAUCCCAGAAACAGGUAGAUGGCAGUUGGACUUCACACAGCAACUUUAACCUCAUGAGACCAUUUGAAGAGGAAGCUUUGCUGAAUGAGAUGGAAGUAACAGGACAGGCAUUUGAGGAUAUGCAGGAGCAAAACUCAAGGCUGAUUCAGCAGUUACGCGAGAAAGAUGAUGCUAACUUCAAACUGAUGACUGAGCGUAUCAAGUCUAAUCAGUUACAUAAGCUGGCACGAGAGGAGAAGGAUGUUCUUAAAGAACAGGUGGCCACCCUUACAACACAAGUAGAGGCAACUAAUAUAGUGGUGCGCAAGUUGGAGGAGAAGGAGCGCAUUCUACAGAACUCUCUGGCAACUGUUGAGAAAGAGUUGGCCUUACGACAGCAGGCCAUGGAGAUGCACAAACGCAAAGCAAUUGAAAGUGCCCAGUCUGCAGCAGAUCUGAAGUUGCAUCUUGAGAAAUACCAUGCUCAGAUGAAAGAGGCACAGCAGGUUGUUGCAGAAAAAACUAGUGCAUUAGAAGCAGAAGCUUACAAAACAAAAAGACUUCAGGAAGAAAUAGCACAACUACGUCGCAAGGCAGAGCGCAUGAAGAAAUUAGAAAUGGCAGAAACUUUGGAUGAAGUGAUGUUGGAAGAGAUCCGUGAAUACAAAGAAACUUUGACAUGCCCUUCUUGUAAAGUUAAACGUAAAGAUGCUGUUCUGAGUAAAUGUUUUCAUGUAUUUUGUUGGGAUUGUCUGCGUACUCGGUAUGAAACCAGACAAAGGAAGUGUCCAAAGUGCAAUGCCGCCUUUGGUGCCAAUGAUUACCAUCGUCUGUAUCUUUCAACAUAAAAUGUGUUACAUAUGAGAUUAAAAUUUAAAUUGUUAUACCUGUUUUGCAACUAAGUUGUCCUGUACAAUUUUAGAAUCUCUGUUUCACAUGUAACCUUCCUUCAUGAAUGUAUAAAAACCAGUAGAACUGGUUGUAUUCACUAAACCACACAAGCCAGUAAAUUAAUUAAUUCAGCUUCA